ACCAUUGAUCCCUGUACCGGUUCUGUAGUCCACAGACGCGGUUCGCAAACAUUUCUGGCAAGGGCGACGCUGCGCGCUCCCGCGACGACACUGCGCGUUCUCGCGGCCCUCGCCAUAGAAAACAAAGCGAUCUGCGCGGCCGAACGAACGUACCGUGCCUCCGUAUGCAGACCGAAAAUUACACCUCGACAAUGGAUUUACAGAUCGCGUAAGGGGCCUUUCACGUCGAGGCCUGUUUUGACGGAGGGAACCCGGACCUGUGCUCGCUACAGUCGCGGAGCCCACCGACUGUUGUCCUCGGCGACAUGGCGGAGCAGAGCUACUCCUGGGCUUACUCCCUCGUCGACUCCAGCCAGGUGUCCACCUUCCUCAUCUCCAUCCUCCUCAUUGUCUAUGGCAGCUUCAGAUCGUUAAACAUGGACUGUGAGAACCAAGACAAGGACAAGGAUGGAAACCCCACAGCCACCAGCUCCUUCAAUAACAGCAACUCCAACAACAGUAUUCAGACCAUAGACUCCACACAGGCUCUGUUCCUCCCCAUCGGAGCCUCUGUUUCUCUACUUGUCAUGUUCUUCUUUUUUGACUCGGUCCAGGUGGUUUUCACCAUCUGCACUGCAGUUCUGGCAACUAUAGCAUUUGCCUUCCUACUUCUGCCUAUGUGCCAGUAUCUAACCAGGCCCUGCUCCCCACAGAACAAGAUCUCGUUUGGCUGCUGUGGGCGCUUCACACUGGCCGAGCUGCUCUCCUUCUCCCUGUCGGUCAUGCUCGUCCUCAUCUGGGUGCUCACCGGCCACUGGCUUCUUAUGGACGCACUGGCCAUGGGGCUGUGUGUGGCCAUGAUCGCGUUUGUGCGUCUGCCCAGUCUCAAGGUAUCCUGCCUGCUUCUCUCGGGCCUUCUCAUCUACGACGUGUUCUGGGUUUUCUUCUCGGCCUACAUCUUCAACAGCAACGUCAUGGUGAAGGUAGCCACGCAGCCUGCCGACAACCCGCUGGACGUUCUCUCCCGCAAGCUGCACCUGGGUGCGGGAGUGGGCCGCGACGUGCCCCGCCUCUCUCUGCCCGGCAAGCUGGUGUUCCCCAGCUCGACGGGGAGCCACUUCUCCAUGCUGGGCAUCGGCGACAUCGUGAUGCCCGGCCUGCUGCUCUGCUUCGUGCUCCGCUACGACAACUACAAGAAGCAGGCGAGCGGCGAGGCAGCCGGGCCGGCCAACAUGUCCGGACGCAUGCAGCGUGUCUCCUACUUCCACUGCACGCUCAUCGGAUACUUCGUGGGUCUGCUGACCGCCACCGUGGCCUCCCGGAUCCACCGUGCAGCUCAGCCUGCUCUGCUCUACCUGGUGCCCUUUACCCUCUUGCCUCUGCUCACUAUGGCCUAUCUAAAGGGGGACCUGAGGCGCAUGUGGUCCGAGCCCUUCCACGCCAAGUCCAGCACCUCACGGUUCCUGGAGGUAUGAUGCCUCUCAGCAACAGGCCAGCGGACAGGCAGCCUUCAACCCCUCCCACCCCAGAGACAGACACACACACAGAGAGAGAGUGAGAGAGAGUGUGAGUGAGUGUGGAAGAGAGGAGCCACACUCGUCCGCUCAUCUACCCUUCCAGUGUUCAGAUGAAGAGAGACCAUCGAUGGGAUUAAAGCAGAUCUCAGUUUGAUGACUUCACUGCCAGAGGGAUUCUACUCACAAUGUACAUUUCUGGCUGUUUGUUUUGUUUAGUUUUUUCUGUUUUUGUAAUUUUCACUCAUUUUUCUGCACUGUGUUGCUUUCUCUUAAAUCACUCUCUACCUCUCUUUCUUUAGCCAUUCCCUGCCUUGUCUCUCCCUCUUACUCACUCUCACUCACACACAUGCUCUUUCGCUGCCUCGUUCUCGCUCUCUCUCGCUCUCACACACCACACACACACACACACCACACAUAGACUGAAAGGCCACUCCUUACUGGACUUGUGUUUGAGACACAGCUGGAGCUCUCUGAGCCCCGUGUCCUUGCUAUUUUCGUUUUUGUCUGUUUUCUAAUCGCCAUCAUUAUGGCUCUAUGGACCAUGAGAAUAAUGUAAGUAUUUUUGUUUUGGAACCAUGGACACGAAGCUUCAAACGUCUCGCUACAGGACAGUGAUGAGGCCGAAAAAGGACCAGCACACGCAAGGCUGCAGACACUCCCACUACUUGUCCGCUCCUCCUCUCUCUACCUUUUGCUCUGCCCCCUCCUCUAACGGCCCUCCAUCCACUGGCCCGUGGCCCUUCUCCUCAGUUAAUAAGCCCCAGCCCCUGUAGACCCUGCUCUUUGCAAAUACAUGUAUUUUAUUUAGAAAGAUUUUAUUCUUGGCAUAUACAGAAAUGAUACAUUAUAAAAUCUGAGUGUGUCUUUCCUUGCCUUUUGGAAAAGCACAUAGUUCUAUGUA